AUGUCCCACGGGACCUACUACGAGUGCGAGCCCCGCACUGGCCAGCAGCCACUGGAGUUCUCAGGGGCCCGCGCGGGGCCUGGGGAGCUGGGGGACAUGUGUGAGCAUGAGGCCUCCAUCGACCUGUCUGCCUACAUCGAGUCUGGGGAAGAACAGCUUCUCUCCGACCUCUUCGCCGUGAAGCCGGCCCCUGAGGCCCGAGGCCUUAAGGGCCCCGGGACCCCUGCCUUCCCCCACUACCUGCCGGCUGACCCACGGCCCUUCACCUAUCCCCCACAUACCUUCGGCCCCGACAGGAAGGCCUUGGGGCCUGGCAUCUACAGCAGCCCAGGGAGCUACGACCCCAGAGCUGUGGCCGUGAAGGAGGAGCCUAGGGGGCCCGAGGGCAGCCGGGGGGCCAGCCGCAGCGGCUACAACCCUCUGCAGUACCAAGUGGCGCACUGUGGGCAGACAGCCAUGCACCUGCCCCCGGCCCUGGCGGCACCCAGCCAGCCACUGCGCGUCCUCAAGGCCCCUUUGGCCGCUGCCGCGCCCCCCUGCAGCCCCCUCCUCAAGGCUCCCUCCCCCGCGGGCCCCUCACACAAGGGCAAGAAGGCGGUGAACAAAGACAGCCUGGAGUACCGGCUGCGGCGGGAGCGGAACAACAUCGCGGUGCGCAAAAGCCGGGACAAGGCCAAGCGGCGCAUCCUGGAGACACAGCAGAAGGUGCUGGAGUACAUGACCGAGAACGAGCGCCUGCGCAGCCGCGUGGAGCAGCUGACCCAGGAGCUGGACACGCUGCGCAACCUCUUCCGCCAGAUCCCUGAGGCCGCCAACCUCAUCAAGGGUGUGGGGGGCUGCAGCUGA